AUGAGGGAUAGAACGUGCAGGUACUCAGAAGCAGUUGCAUCCGCCAAGAAGGCGCACCGAAUAAAGAAGGAGGAGGCUCUGAGGAGGCUUUUUGAGUACAAAAAAAAUAAUAAUUCUGUCCAGUGUCCGAGCAGCCACACGAUUGUUUCUCUUUCGUAUUCCAUGAUAGGAAAUUAUUUGGAGAAAAGAGUGUGCAAAUACGACUACAAUAUAUCCUGCAGAAGCUGCCAUAGAGAGGUGUACAUGUGCGGCAUAAACUGCAAGCUCUGCGGGUCUUGGGAGUGCACCCAGUGCAUCACCCCGUACGAAGGUGUGAACAUCUGCAAAGAGUGCAAAUGGGUUGUGUCUGGGAGCGGAAUUGUCAGGAACGCAGAGUACAGCAUGGAAACACAGGAGCAGUACAGGAUUCUCAAGAAGUGUCUGAAAACCCCAAAUAAUGAAAACAUCAAGCAACUGUCGCAAAUACUGAAAGAGCUGGAAGUAAAAACAAAUGAGAAAGAGACAGAAACUCGGAUAAAAAAGAAUCUGCUGAUACGGGCAAAGAUCGCGCUCUGCGACUGGUACAUCUACAAGGCAAAGGAAGAAAGGUAUUCGAUGCUGUUUGAGCAGCUGGAGUACCUUGAAGUUCUGAGACAAACAAACAAAUCCUACUCUGACCCAAUAGACAGUGCGAUCAGAGAAAUUUUAGAAGAAAUUGCAUCGUCCGAUCCCCUUAAAGGAAGAAAUAGUAAAAAUAAAUAG